AUGUAUCACGACAAUCCUUCAUCGCGGUCGCCGGGAUCGCAACGUCAUCCACAAACCCUACAUAGACAGCCGUCACGUCAGUUCGACGCGUACGGUCCGAUGCCCUCGAAUCCAUACGAUGACCCGCUGGCCAGGUACGAUACCACUCGUCUUAAUCCACUGCACGGUAGCACCAAUUAUGCCUAUGAGGUCUCUGGCUCCCAGACCUGGAAUCCCACCAACGGCUUCGCUGGCGCACACACUCUUGCUGGAAUCGGCUCUGCAACGGGUAGGAUGAAACCCACUCGAGGCCGAACUGGCCUGCCAUCGCCUUGGCUCGAUCAACAGCCUCAAUCUUUGGCUGGUUUGGCUCCAGGUCCGCUCGCUGCCACACAGAUGCAAUCUUCGCCCAGCCAGGACGGCGAUGAUGAAUUGAUCCCGACUGCGAUCGUAAUCAAGAACAUUCCUUUUGCGGUCAAAAAGGAGCAGCUUGUGCAAUUAAUGACUGAAAUGAAUCUCCCCCUUCCGUACGCGUUUAAUUACCAUUUCGACAACGGCGUCUUCCGUGGUCUGGCUUUCGCCAACUUUACGUCUGCCGAGGAAACAGCUACUGUGAUUGAUAUGCUCAACCAUUUUGACCUGCAAGGGCGCAAGCUGCGCGUUGAAUAUAAGAAGAUGCUUCCCCUGCAGGAACGCGAGCGCAUCGAGAGAGAAAAGAGGGAACGUCGUGGUCAACUUGAAGAGCAACACCGUCCUAUUGCUGCAUCCCAGCUGCAGACCCAAAGCUCGAUGUCUUCUCUGGCCUCGCAUAUUCCAGCUACGUCACCAUCGCCGGUUUCUCAACGCGGACCAAAGCUUGACGUUGAUCUCAAUGAUAGCCAGACGCUACAGUUCUAUUCGCAGAUGCUUCUUUUCAAAGAAGAUAUGACUCGGGAAGCCUUGAUCUUUCCGUCCAAUCUCACACCAGUCCAGCGUCGCACUGUUCACACUCUUGCGCAUAACAUGGGCUUGGGCCAUGCAUCUCGUGGAACUGGCGAGCAACGUCAAGUACACGUUUUCCGUCCGGCGCCCGGUUCUAAUGUUAGCCCGCCCUUGUCUUCGAUUCCAGCAACCGUUCAUGCUACGGAAGCAUCACGCCGUGGACUCAACCGUGCUGCAACUAUUGAUUUUAGCGAGUCUCGCAGUGAGGGACCUGGCCCGUUUAGCACAAUGCGCGGGCAAUCGUCGGCUUUCCUGGGGGUUCUGGAAUCUCCAGGCGGAUUUGGCAAUUCACAGAACUUGCGUGCAGCCAAGUCCUUUGCCGAUUUACGUUCCUAUACUCCAUCUCCGGCACCGUCAUCUGCGAGUUUCCCCGCAACGUUGCAAACCAAUGGAGCGCGUCUGCAGCAAGGUUAUGAUGGCACAGCCAGUGGAACGUCCAACACUCCCACACUAACUCCCACUCCAUCUGGUGCCUCCCUUGGUAUGCAGCGGGAUGAGGGUCUCCUCGUCAACAGCCUUGGUGGACUCUCCAUAGGCACCAGUCUCGGCGGUCCUUCUGGUAGCCCUCGACGACUACGUGGAAUGUUUUCCUGGGAACAAGAGAACCAAGGUGCACCUGCCGGGGCAAUUGGAAGCAACCGGUCUAUCGGAAUUGGAUUUGACAACCAGUCUCAAGAACGGCUUCCGUUGAGACAGCCUCGCGGACCAGCGCCUGAUCGAGGAACUGGGUUUCGACGCCAAAAUGGACAUCAGGCACGCGGCAGCGACGAACUUCGCACGGGAUCUGGCGUGGAAAUAAUCGUCGAGUAA